AGCGCAGACGCACAUUGGGAGAAUGGAACCGAUCACAAGAUAGAGGAAACAGCUUCCUAACCGUCCAGCAAGCGAGACUUCCCUCAGGGGAGCGUUCCCAGACGCCCCGGAAGAAGAACUGGAUCUUAGAGACAGGUGCAUCAAGCCCAAAGGGCCCUUUGCGCGCCAGUUAUAAAGUUACCAUCAGAAGGGCCCUAAUGGUGACCUGAUGGCCGGUGGGAGCCGGUCCUACCUCCCUGACACCUCGCCGUGCUCUCCCCCACCCGCCCCAGAAGCCCCACCCCCCGCUCGCGGCCGCACCGGCUGCCAAGCUGCUCUGGGGGCGGAGGCCCGGGGACCCGGGGCGGCCCCGCCUGACUACGACCUCGGCCCAGAGCGCCGAACUCUCUAGUCCCACGCGGCCCGCGCAGGCCCAGGCCCGCGAGCCCCUCCCUUCAUCUCUCCCCGCCGGGCGGCGGGCGCGGGCUGCGCUCGCUCGCAGCGACCGGGCCCGCAGGCGGCCAUGGCGGCGGGCGCCGGGGCCAGGCCAGCGCCGCGCUGGCUGAGGGCGCUGGCGGAGCCGCUGAGCGCCGCGCAGCUGCGGCGGCUGGAGGAGCACCGCUACAGCGCCGCGGGCAUCUCGCUGUUCGAGCCGCCGCUGCAGCUCUACUGGACCUGGCUGCUCCAGUGGGUCCCGCUGUGGAUCGCCCCCAACUCCAUCACCCUCCUGGGCCUCGCCGUCAACCUGCUCACCACGCUCGUGCUCAUCUCCUACUGCCCCACGAUCACGGAGGAGGCACCAUACUGGACAUACCUUUUAUGUGCACUUGGACUUUUUAUCUACCAGUCACUGGACGCUAUUGAUGGGAAACAAGCCAGAAGAACAAAUUCUUGUUCUCCUUUAGGGGAACUUUUUGACCAUGGUUGUGACGCUCUUUCCACAGUAUUUAUGGCAGUUGGAGCUUCAAUUGCUGUUCGCUUAGGAACUCAUCCUGACUGGUUGUUUUUCUGCUCUUUUAUUGGGAUGUUCAUGUUUUAUUGUGCUCAUUGGCAGACUUAUGUUUCAGGCGUGCUGAGGUUUGGAAAAGUGGAUGUAACUGAAAUUCAGGUAGCGUUAAUGAUCGUCUUUGUGUUGUCUACAUUUGGAGGAGCAACAAUGUGGGACUAUACGGGCACCAGUGUUUUGUCACCUGGACUUCACAUAGGAAUAAUUAUUAUACUGGCAAUAAUGAUCUAUAAAAAGUCGGCAACUAAUGUGUUUGAAAAGCAUCCUUGUCUUUAUACACUAAUGUUUGGAUGUGUCUUUGCUAAAGUCGCACAAAAAUUGGUGAUAGCUCACAUGACUAAAAGUGAACUGUAUCUUCAAGACACUGUCUUUUUUGGCCCAGGUCUUUUAUUUUUAGACCAGUACUUUAAUAAUUUUGUAGACGAAUAUGUUGUUCUAUGGAUAGCAAUGGUCAUUUCUUCAUUUGAUAUGGUGAUGUACUUUAGUGCUUUGUGCCUGCAAAUUUCAAGACAUCUUCAUCUAAAUAUCUUCAAGACUUCAUGUCAUCAAGCACCUGAACAGGUUCAAGUUCUUCCUUCAAAGAGUCAUCAGAGUAACAUGGAUUGAAGAGACUUUCGAACAGCUGCCAUCUCUUGCUGCUGCUGUUACAUGAAAGGAAGUAUUAGACAUUUGUUUAAUUUUUAGAUAAGUGUUAUACAUAUUUCAGCAAAUAAAACAUUUCAAUGCUUAUAUUAAUCCUUAUUUUUUGGAUUUUUAAAUGACUUACAGUUUCCAUCAUAAUUUUUUUUUGCAACAUAGCCAUUUCAUUUCUAAGUUCGUUUUGUGCAUCAGUAACUAGAUUACUAUGAUUCUUCUCCAAGUCUUCCAUACUCUAAAAUACAAAAGGCUAAAUUCAGUUACAAACCACCACUUUUCAUCUCAGGUUCUAAACUUGUACAAUUAAUUUUCAAAAGUAGGAAUUUUUAAAUUUUCAAUGUAUAUUAUUUAUUCUAAAUAAAAAUAUUCUAAGUAAUACAUCAAAACCAAAAUACCCACUAAAAGAUUAAAAAAUGUCAGACAAGAAUCAACUAUUAUUAUAGGAGGUAUAACAGCAGUGUAGUGUACUUUGCUCAAAACAGUGGUUCAUGAAUUAAGGUUUCAAUAUUGAACAUAAAAAGAAAAAAUUCCCAAAACAAUAAAUACAAUCAUUUUGAAAAUUUAUAAUAAGCUUUCUAAAUAUCAGGUUGUAAUCUACUUAUUAUGACUAACAGUCAAGGUGAUGUGAAUUCAUUAUAGAGGGAAUAAAAUGAUCUGUAGUAUACCUCUUCAAUUUAUGAAAAACAAAAAUUAUGUCAUAAAUCUUUACUACUCAUCCAAUAAAUAGUGAUCCUAAUGCCUACUAUAUAAAAAGUAUAUGAUGUUAAGUACUGUGGAGAAAUUUAAAAUAAUACAUGAUCAUUCCCUUAUUCCAGUGAGAAGAGACAUAUGAACAAAAAUAACACAAUUUUAUAAUAGGAAUGGAAACAACUUGCUGUGGCUCUGUAAUAGAAAAUGGGGAUUAAUUGUAAUUUAGUUGGCAAAAGAAUAGGAUUUCAGUAGAUAAAGAAAAAGGAGUUAAAAGUAUUCUAGGGCAGAUAGCAUAAGCAAAAGCAUGGAAGUGCAUAGUCAGUGAAUUCAGAGAAAGCAAUUAAUUAUGAUGAGGGGUGAGAGUAAUGAACAAAUGUAGAAACUGAAACAUAAAAAGAGGAUCACAGUAUUGGGUGGAGGGAAUAUUGAAUACCUAAAAAUUUAUAAUAAGAGGUUACUGACAGUUUUUCAGGAGGGAAGAAAUAAUGUUUAGGAAGAUAGUAUAGCAGACCUAUGAAGAAUGGAUUAGAGAACAGAUAAAUCAGUUAGCGUUUUAAUAGUAUAAGCAAAGACUGAUGAGGUUCUAAACUAGGGAAGUAGCAGUGGAAAUUUAAAAAAAAAGAAAGAACCACUGCAGAGGUGAAAAUUGCAGGACAUACUAAUAAUUAGAUGUGAAGAAUAAGGGAGGUGGAGGAAUCGAAUAUAAUAUUAAUGUUCCUAUCCUAAGUGGUAAUAUUUAGUGAUAAUAUUUAGAAGAAAUCUUUUCUAGUACGUUAUCAAAUCUUCAUACCAAUCAACAAUUUUCAGGGAGGUAUUAGAGCAAGCUGAUUGGAAACACUUUUAAAAAUAACUUUUGUGUUCAAAUAUCAUAUUUUAAAGUUCUUUAAAAGUAUUUGUUUUAAAACUAUUUUACUAGUUUACUCAGAGAAUACAAAUUCCUUUAGAAGUGACAUUUUGACAUGUCUACGAACAAGAUUUUCUAAAAUAACCCCCACCA